AUGGAUGGUUCGGAUAUAAAGUUGGUGAUACAGAAGAAGUUAUUUGCUAGUGAUUUGAAACAAAGCCAAAAUAGGUUAAGCAUGCCGUUUAAUCAGCUAGAAACGCAUGAUUUCUUGACACCGGACGAGAUAGAGAUUCUUAAUAGGCAUAAACAUGAUGAAAACUGUCUUACUAAGUUGGGUAUUGAAGUUGGAUUGUUGGGUCCAACGUUCGAGAUGUAUGACAAAAAGAUUGAGUUUAAGAUCUGGGAUAUGCAAAAAACACAUAAUUAUGUGUUGAUAACGAACUGGUACAAUUUUGUGAUGGAUCAUAAGAAUAUUUUGAAGGAAGGGGCAAACAUUCAAGUGUGGUCGUUUCGUAAAAAGCAAGAGUUGUGUUUUGCUGUUGCGUGUGUGGAUCAUAAACCGAAGGCGGAUAAGAUACAUGAUGGGGAAAACAUUAAUUGUUGCUGA